GAUUGGCACAGACACAACCGGUGGGGGGACAGAUCUUGAGCCUUUCACUGCUGGGGGUCAGGGUUGAUGGAACACCAAGAAUUUUCAGGAGUAAACAAACGCUGAAGCAAGAGAAUCAAGAAGCCGAAACACCAGCUGUCCUAUUCUCUGGCAUUAAUUAUCCUUCCAUACAACCAACGACUUCAAUCAACAAAACAAAACAAAACAAAAUAAAACACCCUUUACACCUUUUAUACCCUUUAAUGCAGAAAUCACUUCAAUCUAAAUACUCCUUCACAUAAAAACCACACCACUGCUUUUAACAUUCAACAUCCUGUACAAUUCCCAAAGAUAUUUAUUAAAUUACCUGCCGCCUCAAGGGUCUACACCACAACCACAAUUGCCAUCACAAAGAUUCCCAAACACUCAACCACCUCUCAUCGCAACCCGCGAACAAAGGAGAAGAAUUCUGCGCUGAACCCACCAAUACAUCUGGUCAAUCGCCGAAACCCCUUGCGAAACGAUUCCACACAUACAUCCAUCCACGCAAACCAUCGCGAUGGCCGUCGCAUCGAUACAAGAUCGAACAAACGAGUUCCGAUCCGUCCUGACACAAGUGCAAAAGAGACAAGCCUCGUCGAAAGCAGGCGCCCAGAGACAGUCCCUUCUAUCCGAUUCUCAAAAGGCCGCUGCAAAUGGCGAUGCGAAUGCACAUGGCAAACCGCGGAGAUCGGAAUUUGCGCGGAAGGCGGCCGAGAUUGGGAGAGGGAUAACGGGGACCAUGGAGAAAUUACAAAAGUUGGCCGAGUUGGCGAAACGCAAAACUCUCUUCGACGACCGACCCGUCGAAAUCAACGAACUCACAUUCAUAAUCAAGCAAGAUCUCUCCUCGCUCAACCAACAAAUCUCAAGUCUCCAAAGUCUCACGCGCGCUCAACAUCCCAAAGCCGAUCAAGAAGGCGAACACAACAAAAAUGUCGUCUUCAUGCUGCAAGGAAAACUCACCGACGUAUCCGUAAAUUUUAAAGACGUCCUCGAAGUGCGCACCAAGAAUAUCCAAGCCUCGCGUUCCCGCACCGAGAAUUUCGUUUCGUCAGUCUCGUCGCAUGUCCAGCCGAAUAUUUCCCAAUCCGCGAGUCCGCUGUAUAGUACGCCGACGAGAGGAAGUCCGGGCCCGGGCCAGGAUUUGUUAAGUUUGAAUCCCGUGGGUGAUCAACAGUUGUUGAUGAUGGAGGAGGCGCAACCGCAAAAUGAAUAUAUUCAUCAGAGAGGAGAAGCUAUAGAAGCCAUCGAGAGGACGAUUAAUGAACUCGGAGGGAUUUUUGGACAAUUAGCAACGAUGGUUUCGGAACAGAGUGAAAUGAUUCAAAGAAUCGAUGCGAAUACAGAAGAUGUGGUGGAUAAUGUGGAAGGGGCUCAGAGAGAACUACUGAAAUAUUGGUCGAGGGUAUCUGGUAAUCGCUGGUUGGUUGCUAAGAUGUUUGGCGUUCUUAUGAUUUUCUUUUUACUUUGGGUCUUAAUAGCGGCAUAGAGGUUCGGUUGUUAUUGAGAUACAUGACCUAACGCGAUGUCGAAUGCAUGGAGAUGAGGAAAGCAAUUGUACCAUUAUUGUUGUUGUUGUUGUUGUUAUCGUAGUAGAUGAGAUAUACCUUUUAAUGAAUAAAGCCUCACGAAAUGGCACUGUUGGUUCGAGAAUGCUAUCUAUCUAUCUAUUCUGAGUAGAGUUCUUCUCCGUUAGAAAUGGAUAUGUGCAUAUUAAAUCUUUCCUGUAUAUAUAGCUAUACUAACUCUUCCUACACUCCGAUAUUGUCUUUCGUGUCUUUCUUUCUUUUUGUUACUAGAUACAAGAACGAACUUGUAAUUAAUA